AGAUCUGUGAAUAUAUUUACAUGCAAAAUGAAUUUGUGCAGCAAGCAAGCAAAAAGAAAAAUGUUUUUAUUAUAAUGCAAAUGAAGUGCCUUAGUGAAGAAUUUAGCGAGUGGUGAGAAACAGCAAUAACAAAAACAAACACAACAGUGAAAUAAGAAAUAAUAACAAAAACAAACUACGAAACGAUCGCGAAACAAAAACAACGACAAUAAAACCAUCAUAAAGCUUAAUAGACGCAUACUUACCUUAAGCCGCGACUAGUAAGUAGUUCAUUAUAAAGAGUCAACACACGUUUCAAAUACAAAAGCGAAAAAAAGUGCCUCAAUAUCAAAGCAACAAUAAAACUACAAACCACAACAAAAGCAAAUAGGAACAACAACAACACCAUCAACAACGGCCACAAAACCACCUAAAAGAACUGAAGAAGAGGCAACGAAAUAAAAGCUUCUUCUCUCUCUCACACACACACGCACACAGAAAUAAGCAUAAAGCAUUUAUUUAAAUUAAAUAGCUGUGCUGCUGCUGCUGCUGCUGUUUAGUGAGCGCUUCUGCGUCUUGCUAAGUGCGUGUGUGUGUGAGUGUGAGUACGAGUGAGUGAGUGAGUGCGCUCGUGCGUGUGUGUGUGUCCGUGUUGUGCGCGUUUGAGAGUGAGCAGGAGCAUUUUGUGAUAUGAGUGCUAAAUAUCACAAAGAGAAGAAGCAGCAGCAUAAUGCAUCCAGCGGGCGAAAAAAGGGGCGGUCGCCCCAAUGAUAAAUACACAGCAGAAGCGCUCGAGAGCAUUAAACAGGAUCUAACACGAUUCGAAGUACAAAAUAAUCAUAGAAAUAAUCAGAAUUACACACCUCUGCGAUACACCGCCACCAAUGGCCGCAACGAUGCGCCCGAUUACCACCACGCAAAGCUGCCACUGGAGCCACCAUCGGCAUCGGCGUCUCCCUCGCCCGAUGUCGUCGUGCCUCCCCCACCUGGCGCCGUGGCCGUCGUCGCUCUGCCCAUGCCCACGGCCAACGGGCACGUGCCAAAGAUGAUCAACGCUCUGAUACCGCCCAAGCUGAUACGCAAGCCGAGCAUCGAGCGUGACACGCCGACGCACUAUCUGCGCUGCAGUCCGGCGCUCGACUCCGGCGCCGGCAGCUCCCGGUCGGACAGCCCGCACUCGCACACCCACCAGCAGCUGAGCGGGCGCGCCAGCACCGGGCAGUACUCGCCCUCACCGAGCAGCUUCAGUGAUGCGGCGCCGCCGGCGCCACCGCCACGCAAUCCCACCGGCCUGGGCAGCUCAGCAACUCCCCCGCCACCGCCACCCACCAAUCAGAUGUUCAAGCGGCGCUCGCCCGCUCUCAAUCGGCCGGCGGCGAUCACGCCCACCUGUCCGACGACGCGUGGCACCUCGCCGGUCAUACCGCAAAAUGGGAGCGCUAUCAAGGCGCAGCAGCAGCUGACGCAGCAGAUGAAGGCACUCAACAUGUAUCCGGGCGCGGGCAGCGGUGCCGUCGUCGAACCGCCGCCGCCCUACCUGAAGAACACGGUGGUGGUGGGCGCCGCACCGCCGCCGCCCAGCUACACCGCCUCGAUGCAGUCGCGUCAGUCGCCGACGCAGUCGCAGCAGUCCGACUACCGCAAGUCGCCCAGCAGCGGCAUCUACUCGGCCACCUCGGCGGGCUCGCCCAGUCCGAUAACGGUGAGCAAUGCCAGCGGCAUCCUGCCCGCUGCGACGGGCGUGGCACGGCCCCAGCCUCGCGUCUACCAGGCGCGCACUCAGCAGCCGAUCAUCAUGCAGAGCGUCAAGUCGACGCAGGUGCAGAAGCCGGUGCUCCAGACGGCCGUGGCGCCCCAAUCGCCGGUCAGCGCCUCCGCCAGCAAUUCGCCCGUGCACGUGCUCGCCGCGCCGCCCUCCUAUCCGCAAAAGUCGCCGGCGGUGGUGCAGCAGCAGCAGCAAGCGGCCGCCGCUGCCCAGCAGCACUCCCCACUGCUGGUGCCCACGCCCACGGUGGUGGUGCCGGGUGCCGUGAAGCCGCCCACGCCCACAACGCCGCCGCUAAUGGCCAGCGCCCUGAAUGGCGGCGUGGUGGGCAAAGCCGUCUGCAUGGAGCCACCUUCCUAUGCCAAGAGCAUGCAGGCCAAGGCGGCCACAACGCCCCAGCCACAGCAGCAGCAGCAGCAGCAACAGCAGCAGCAACAACAGCAGCAGCAGCAACAACAGCAACAGCAGCAACAACAACAACAGUUGCAGGCUUUGCGUGUGCUGCAGGCGCAACAGCAGCAGCAACAGUUGCAGCAGCAGCAACAGCUGCAGGCACAACAGCAACAGAAGGCGCUGGCCGUCAGCAGCAAUGGCAACGUGAAUCGGCAGCUGCCGCCGCCGCCGCCGUAUCAAAGCGCACGCGUUACCACGCCGGAGUUGGCCAGCAGCAAUAACAAUAACAACAACAACAAUAACCACAGCAGCAGUAGCAAUGUCAACCUGACGCCUGAACUGAAAGCGACAAACAACAACAACAACAACAUACAAAUUAGCAAUAGCAAUUUAGCCACAACGCCGCCCAUUCCGCCCGCCAAAUACGGCGGAAGCGGCGGCAAUGGCAACAGCUCGAGUGGCAGCAACGGCUCAACGACAACGGGAGCAGCAGCAGCUGCCGCGUGCAAGAAGAUCAAGCAUGCCUCGCCCAUACCCGAGCGCAAGAAGAUCUCCAAGGAGAAGGAAGAGGAGCGCAAAGAGUUUCGCAUACGUCAAUAUUCGCCGCAGGCAUUCAAAUUCUUUAUGGAACAGCAUAUUGAGAAUGUGAUCAAAUCCUAUCGCCAGCGCACGUUCCGGAAGAAUCAGCUGGAAAAGGAGAUGCUCAAGGUGGGCCUCUCCGACGAGACACAGAUCGAGAUGCGCAAGAUGCUCAGCCAGAAGGAGAGCAACUACAUUCGGCUCAAGCGUGCCAAGAUGGACAAGAGCAUGUUCGUCAAGAUCAAGCCGAUCGGUGUGGGCGCCUUCGGUGAGGUGACGCUGGUCCGCAAGAUCGACACCUCGGAUCAUCUGUAUGCAAUGAAGACGCUGCGCAAGGCGGACGUCCUCAAGCGCAAUCAGGUGGCGCAUGUGAAAGCCGAACGUGAUAUUCUGGCCGAGGCCGACAACAAUUGGGUUGUCAAGCUCUACUAUAGUUUUCAGGAUAAGGAUAAUUUAUAUUUCGUUAUGGACUACAUACCCGGUGGCGACCUGAUGUCGCUGCUGAUCAAGCUGGGCAUCUUCGAGGAGCCACUGGCACGUUUCUACAUUGCCGAGGUCACCUGUGCCGUGGACAGUGUGCACAAAAUGGGCUUCAUUCAUAGGGACAUCAAGCCUGACAACAUACUCAUCGACCGGGACGGCCAUAUAAAGCUCACCGAUUUCGGUCUUUGCACUGGAUUCAGAUGGACGCACAACUCCAAAUACUAUCAGGAGAAUGGCAAUCACUCGCGACAGGACUCCAUGGAGCCGUGGGAGGACUUUUCAGAGAAUGGCACCAAGCCCACAGUGCUGGAGAGGCGGCGCAUGCGCGAUCACCAAAGAGUCCUGGCGCACUCGCUGGUCGGCACACCCAACUAUAUAGCGCCGGAGGUGCUGGAACGGAGCGGCUACACGCAGUUGUGUGAUUACUGGAGCGUGGGUGUUAUACUCUAUGAGAUGCUGGUGGGUCGACCACCAUUUCUGGCCAAUACCUCCAUGGAGACGCAACAGAAGGUUAUUAACUGGGAGAAGACGCUACACAUACCACCGCAGGCGAACCUAUCACGCGAGGCCACGGAUCUAAUACGACGGCUGUGCGCCUCUGCGGAUCGGCGUCUGGGCAACAGCGUGGAAGAGGUCAAGUCGCAUGAGUUCUUCAGGGGCAUUGAUUUUGCGGACAUGCGCAAACAGAAGGCGCCGUAUAUACCGGAAAUAAAGCAUCCCACAGACACGUCCAACUUUGAUCCAGUUGAUCCCGACAAGCUGCGCUCGAAUGACUCCAAUUUGAGCAGCGGCGAUGAUAUCGAUCUGAAUGAUAGGCAAUUCCAUGGAUUUUUCGAAUUUACCUUUAGACGAUUUUUCGAUGACAGACAACAGCCGGACAUGACGGACGACCAGGCACCGGUCUAUGUCUGAGCACGAACAGUCAGUCAAUUAAUCAAUCAAUCCAUCAUUUUCAUUGUUAGUCAAAUAGUCACAAACAAACAAACAACAAACCGCACGCACAUACACACACACACACCUAAACAGCCGUUAGCAGUGUGCCAACAGCGUGUUAACAGCGGCGCUGUUAAGUCAACAAUUUUUAUAUACAAAUAUUCAUUUAGUGUUUUAGUUGAAUUUGUUGCCAAAAAAGAGAAUAACAAAACAAGUUGAGGCACUGAGCAAAAAAACAAAAAACAAGAAAAGCAAUUUAAAUUUCUGGCAUAUUUUUUUUGUUUUUUUUUUUUUUAUUAUUUUAUAUAUACAUCAAUUAGGAGUUAUUAAAAAGGACAAAAACACACAUCAGCAAGACGAACUAUAUACAUAUAUAUAUAUUUAUAACAAAUUAGAGACGGUUGGCUAGAAAAGGGACUACACAUAUACAUACAUACAUAUAUAUGCUUGAAUGCAUGAACUGAAUAAAUUUAAAUGAAAUGAGUCAAAA